AUCAGCUCGACGAGGGGCUGGACUCGCCACAUCUCUGACUCUCGCCUCUUUUUUGUCUCCCUAUCUCUCUCCUUUCUCCCUCUGUUUGUUUUUCGUCCUGCACUCUGACCAGCAGCGGGUCGCUCUUCACAGCAGAGUUCAGAAUUGCUCUACAAUGUCUGCGGUGGCUUCUCUGCAGUAAGCACACAAAGGUUAUGCUGCCCAAAAGCUGUCUGAGUCCCAGUGAGAAAGAGAAGGGCUAAAGCCGCGCGGAUCCACACCAGCUUUCCAGAUCCGCUCCAGCAGCAACUCCACUGCUGAGCCAUGAGCAACCCCGGCACUCCCGACCAGAUUACAGAUGCCAUGGCCGCGGUCAUUCACAAUCCAGAGGUCCCUUCUAGCUCGUCAGUACACGUGACUCCACGCCCAGAGGAGGAGGACGAUGGGGACCUGAACAAAGCUCUGGGCGUCCAGCGCUUCCAGCAGAUCCUCAGCCCGGCUUCUGUGGUACCCGAUGAGCAGCACCACCCCUACCAUGACGAGGACAUUGAAUACCACCGUCACUCGUCUCACCACAUCCACCGGCCUCUGUCCAAGCUGCCCUCAGAGGGACGCAGGAAGAAGGGCGGCAAGAAGAGGAAGAAGGAAAAAGAUCACAAAAGCAGCCACGCUUCCAGCAGUGGCCCCAUCGAGGAGGGAGAGGAUGAAGAGGACGAGGAGGAGGAGGCGGCAAGUUCGGCUCCAUCUGACUCAGAGAGAGGGAAAGAUGUGGAGUUCUUUGUUUCCGAUGAAGACCCUUCAGCCACACGGGGCCCAGAGAGCCCUCACGCAGCCCGAUCGCUGGAAAUCGUACCACAGUCCGGUGUCGGAGCAGACGCUGCGGACGGAACUUCCACAGAUAAGCCGGACACAUCCGACACUUCCAGUCCCUCCCAGUCAGGGCCACCUGAACACAUUGCCCUGGCCCGGCAGUCGUCCACCAGCCGCAGCUACGACCUGCAAGACCGCCGGCGCACGGGCAACAUGACGGGCACCGAGCAGGCCAAGUACGAGCGCAUCCCCACCGACGAGAGCGAGGCGCAGACACUGGCCUCCGCCGACCUGGACGGCAUCAAGAGUCAUCGUUUUGAAGAUGUCCCCGGGAUGCGCAGACACCUGGUCAGAAAGAGCACCAAGGGACAAGUGGUGCACACCAGUAAAGACCACAAAGAGCCGACCAGCCGCAGCCGCAAGCAGGACCACAGCCCACAUGAGGUGUUUGUAGAGCUGAACGAACUGACCAUGGACAAGAACCAGGAGAUGCAGUGGAAGGAAACGGCUCGUUGGAUCAAGUUUGAGGAGGACGUGGAGGAGGAGACGGACCGCUGGGGGAAACCUCACGUGGCGUCUCUGUCUUUCCGCAGUUUGCUGGAGCUCAGAAAGACCAUCUCGCAUGGUGCAGUGCUGCUGGGCCUGGACCAGAAGACCCUGCCUGGCAUCGCACAUCAAGUGGUGGAGCAGAUGAUCAUCUCGGAUCAGAUCAAAGCUGAAGACCGAGCCAACGUCCUGAGGGCCCUGCUGCUUAAACACAGUCACCCGAGCGACGAGAAAGAGCACACCAGCGCUUUCCCCAGGAACAUCUCCGCCGCCAGCCUGGCACACUACCACCACGGUGCCAACCACGGUGCCAACCACGGAGCCAACCACGCCCAUCAGCCGGAGCCGUGUGUCACCGACCCGCUCAUGGGCACCGUCCACGCUGCGGUGGACACGGACACACGCAUCAACAUGGAGAAGCACGAGGGACAGGUAAUUCUAGAGCUCGGGUGUGGCCCACCAAUCUCAAUCACUGAUAUUUGUCUUUCUCCUGAUCCGACUCCCUGUCCUGGUUGCUCUCAGCAGAAGGAGUCGUCCUUGCCGCCCGGCAUGCAUCGGUCCAAAUCCAAACAUGAGCUGAAGCUGCUGGAGAAGAUUCCUGAAAACGCAGAGGCCACAGUUGUCCUUGUGGGGAGUGUGGACUUCCUGGAGCAGCCCACCAUGGCGUUUGUGCGGCUGCUGGAGGCGGUGGAGCUGGAGUCCGUCCUUGAGGUCCCUGUGCCUGUCAGGUUCCUCUUUGUUAUGCUGGGCCCCCCCUCCACCAGCAUCGACUACCACCAGAUAGGACGUUCCAUCUCCACGCUGAUGUCUGACAAGCAAUUCCACGAGGUAGCCUAUCUGGCCGAUGAGAGGCAGGACCUGCUGAACGCCAUCAACAGCUUCCUGGACGGCAGCAUCGUGCUGCCGCCCUCGGACAUGGGGGGUGACGAGCUGCUGCGCUCCGUCGCCGGCUUCCAGCGGGAGAUGCUGCGCAAGAGGGCGGAGCAGGAGGUCAAACUGCUCAAAGAGCCGAUAAGCCUCGAAGAAGACGAGUCCCUCAUCGACCCUCUGAAGAAGUCGGCCGACCCUUUGGCGCGCACAGGAAAGCCCUUCGGCGGCCUGGUGCACGACGUGCGGCGGCGGUACCCGAAGUACGUCAGCGACUUCAAGGACGCCCUGAACAGUCAGUGCAUGGCUGCGGUCAUCUUCAUCUACUUCGCUGCGCUCUCCCCGGCCAUCACAUUCGGAGGCCUGCUCGGUGAGAAGACGGACGGUCUGAUCGGUGUGUCGGAGCUGAUUGUGUCGACCUCCAUUCAGGGCGUGAUCUUCUGCCUGCUCGGGGCUCAGCCGCUGCUGGUCGUGGGCUUCUCCGGACCCCUGCUCGUUUUUGAGGAAGCUUUUUACAGUUUCUGCAAUUCGUCCAACAUCGAGUACCUGACGGGCCGCGUCUGGAUCGGCUUCUGGCUCAUCAUCAUCGUGGUGGUCACGGUGGCGUUCGAGGGCAGUUUCCUGGUCCGCUUCGUCUCCCGCUUCACCCAGGAGAUCUUCUCCUUCCUCAUCUCCCUCAUCUUCAUCUGCGAGACCUUCAUCAAGCUCGGCAGGAUUUUCAAGGAGCACCCACUGAAAUACUGCUCCCUGGACAACAGCACCUCGAUGGUCAACACCAGCCUGGUUCUGAGCAACAGCACCUCGCCUCCGUCGGCGAAUGUCCUCGGAAAGCCCAACACGGCCCUGCUCUCCCUGGUCCUCAUGGCCGGGACGUUUUUCAUCGCCUUCUUCCUGCGCAAGUUCAAGGACAGUGCUUUCUUUCCUGGAAGGCUUCGCAGGAUCAUUGGAGAUUUCGGGGUUCCAAUCGCCAUCCUCAUCAUGGUGCUGGUGGAUUACAGCAUAGAAGACACGUACACACAGAAACUGAGUGUCCCCCGUGGACUUUCUGUGACGAGUCCCGAGAAACGCGGCUGGGUCAUCAACCCUCUGGGCUCGGAAGGUCAAUUCCCGGUCUGGAUGAUGUUCGCCUGCUGUUUGCCGGCCAUGCUGGUUUUCAUCCUCAUCUUCAUGGAGACGCAGAUCACCACCCUGAUAGUGAGCAAGAAGGAGCGGAUGCUGGUGAAGGGCUCCGGUUUCCAUCUGGACCUGCUGCUGAUCGUGGUGCUGGGCGGGGCCUCGGCUCUGUUCGGCCUGCCGUGGAUGGCGGCCGCGACCGUGCGCUCCGUGACCCACGUCAACGCCCUCACCGUCAUGAGCCGGGCCGUGGCGCCUGGAGACAAGCCUCGCAUCCAGGAGGUGAAGGAGCAGAGGGUCACUGGGCUCCUGGUCGCCAUCAUGGUUGGCAUGUCCAUUGUAAUCGCUGACCUGUUGCGUAAGAUCCCCCUGGCCGUCCUGUUUGGUAUCUUCCUGUACAUGGGCGUGAUGUCUCUCAAUGGCAUCCAGCUCACAGAGCGGAUGAUGCUGCUGCUUAUGCCUCCGAAGUAUCACCCUGACCACACCUACAUACGCAAGGUCCGAACGCUGCGCAUGCAUCUGUUCACCUGCAUCCAGCUGGUGUGUCUGGCGAGCCUGUGGGCGGUCAUGUCCACACAGGCGUCCCUGGCGUUCCCCUUCGUCCUCAUUCUCACCGUUCCUGUGAAGAUGUUCGUGCUGCGCCGCAUCUUCACUGUCAGAGAGAUAGAAUGUUUGGACGCGGACGACGCUGAGCCAACGUUUGACGAGCGCGACUGUCAGAACGAGUACGCCGAGGUGCACAUGCCUGUAUGACCCCGCUGACACCGACAUCUGUCAAUCACAACCACUGACAUCUUGGAUGCAGCGACCCCAACUUGAAGCCCUCAUAAAGAAACUUGACGCCACGUCACUGUGCACCGCCGACCUUCAUCAUCAUCCUCCUCCUCCUCCUCCUCCUCAAGUCACCAGCUCACAGAACGUCAGAGGCGUGUCUGGUUAUUGCUUGAGUCAAACUUUUCACUAUUGAAGUAGCUUUUAGGUUGUCGGAGGCUUCUGUGAUGGUGAGCAGCACUUUGUGGUCGUUAGCGUGCUUCACUCGUACUUUUUUUUUUAAACUGGUAUUUCAGGGGAAAAUGAAAUCAAAAUCCAUGUGAUCUGAAGCUCUAAAUUAAAUUAACAGUAGAUAGAUGUGCAAGACCGAUUAAUUUUACGCCCUGAAAGGUUGCUCUCAUUCACAUUGAAUAUGUGGAGGACAUGUGGGUCAAACAUUCUUUUAUAUUCUCGUGCUAGUUUUAGCUUUUUUCUAGUUUGUCGUGUUUUUAGCUCACCAAGCGCCUUAUGAAGGAAAUGAACCGUACACUGAGGGGUUUGCUUUUCCUCAUCCUGUGUUAUUGUAGACAGCUGAUCACUUUUCACGCCUCCUGAAGCUCGUAGCACUUUUUAAAGAAACCAAAUCGGAACGCUGACUGUAUUUUAAUGUGAUUGUUUUAUCUCUUUAGCGUCCUCUUAGAAUCCAUGAAUCCAUAUCAGCGAAGCUUUUCGUUUUCUUCUUAUUUGAUUCUGAUUGAUUUUUAGUCUGUCCUUUAACUACUCAUUAUUUUCCAUGCUCAAAAGCAGCAGUUUAUUUUGGCUGUAAGUCCACGUCUGUACCUGUAGUGAGUCAAAAGCACCAACAGAGGGAGAUCUUGCAGGGCUGUGCUGAAUGCUAUACCAAAAACUUUAAAAACAGUAAAUAAAAAAAUGCAGUUACACUAAUGCCAUGGCAUCAUAAAACACGUUUUUUGUGAAAGUAAGAAAACACAGUGGCACAUUAUUGAAUUUUCUCUAAAUGUCUCCACGCACGUGUUCAGGGCUCUGAAGUUCUGACUGUUCGUUUUGACGUCUCACUCGGUUUGGUUGGUUGGUUUUUUGGGGAAUCGCUGUAAUUUAUUGUUGUCUGUGUCCGAGUGCCAAAACCGUGGCUUUGUGUAAAUAGUCUUGUGAUCAGAACAAUAAGCUGCAGUUCAGUCAUCUCAAUUUACUCCAUGUUUUGGCCUAAUUCACACAUUUUUCAUGGUAUAACAUUCCUCGUUUUAUCAAAUUCCGUGGUUUCUUGGGGAUGGGGGGGGGUAGGAGGGAACUAAUUGUUAACACAAUUUGUAUUCACUCAUGAGCUUGGUCGACCAAAUUUCCACACGAGCUGUGUAGACAAUCUCAAUACUGUUGUUACUAAGAGGGAAGGUUUUUAUUAAGAAAUAAGAAGUAUAUAUACACACAUGUAUACGAUGUUUGUAAUUAGUUUCAAGUUGUGUCCCUGUGACAUUGGACGGUUAAAGCUCAGUGCCUGUGAAGCUCCACUCGCCCCCCCCCCCCCCCGCCUGCCUGUCGUUGUGAUCUUGUGCCUGUUCGGUGUCGCAAAGCCGCACAACAUCUCAAGUGCCUGUGGGACCACGAGGCGAUCGGCCGCACGUGCCUGUGGUUGUGUUGUUCAGGCGACACACGUUACAAUAGUUUGCACUUUUCAGACGCUCACAAAUCAAAACAUCUCUCCAUUAUUUAUCUGUUGCAAUAUGAGGCAUUAUUACUGUUUUUAUAGAAAAAAAGAUUUAUUCAGAGUAUUUCACAGAACCUUAUUUCGUGGCUGCAUCAUGGCCGUGACACUGAAGAGUAUAUUUAUUAGAAGGAGGCCGUGGGGAACAUUGUCGGUUGUGUGUCUGCUUGUUGUGCCCGUGGAUGGAGUGAACGUCGUCCGCCUCUCGUCAAAGUGUUUGUGUUCCAAGUCGUGAAGUGUGAUGUGUUGAUUCAUUUCAAAAGCAAUACAAAGUCUGACAGGAUAUUGCUGAUGCUCCCUUGUACAUUGAUGGUUCAAAUACUGAUGACAAAUAAAAGUUAUUUUCUAUUUA